AUGUUAUAUUACUUUAUAAAAAAGCAGUUUCGUGCCAGACAGCACCCAGAAGAAAGGGCGGACAAAGCAGAAAAGGCGAAGCAAAAGCGCCCAUGUCGGCACCAAAGGCGAAAUCAAAUCCAGGCAACCGAGUUGGAUCCUGUUCCUUUUGAUGAAUCUGGAAAUCAACAUGAUCCGACAAGCGCAAAUCUACUUUCAUCCCCAGAUCCGGCCCAUGAACAAAUCCCCUCAAAUGGACCAUGUGAGAAAUGCAAAAAGGAGAAGCACGAUGCGAGGGUUUACCGUUCAAAGUUGAUUGCCGGUCUGGUAUUCCCAUAUUUCCUCGCAUCAGUCGAUUUGACUAUCGUUGCGUCUGCAAUGCCUUUCAUAGCUUCCCAUUUCAAUAAGCUGGACCAGCUCAACUGGAUCGUCACUUCAUUUACAUUGACUUCCACGGCGUUCAUCCCAGCUUUCGGCCAACUAGCUGAUGUUUAUGGCCGCCAUUUUGUUCUGCAACUCGCCAUGUUCUUAAUGCUCGUUGGCAGUGUGUUCUGCGCCGCGGCCCGGACUUGGGGGAUGUUACUUUUUGGCAGAGCGUUGCAGGGAACAAGCUCUGCGGGAAUCAUGAAUUUGAUUGAGAUCGUGCUGGCGGAUAAUGUGUCACUGAAAGAGAAUGCGAAGAACACCACUAUUUUUCAAUUCGUAUCUGGGGUCAGUUAUGGUGUGGGCCCAGUCAUUGGAGGGUAUUUAACUGAUGCUAAUUGGCGCUACUGUUUUGUUAUAAGUAUACCAAUCGCUGUUUUUGCCCAUUUCGCAAUAUUCUUCUUACUCCGUAAGGAGCUAGUCAGGGGCACACAUCUCGCGAGAAGUUCUUCAUCCAUUUUAUCAGGACUCGCCACCAUUGACUCCGGCGGUACCGUACUGUUCAUUCUUGGAAUCGGCCUUAUCAUCUUAGGCACUAGUUGGGGAGGCGCAACGUACCCAUGGACUUCAGCCGCUGUUCUUGUUCCCUUGAUUUCUGGGUCGAUUUUAUUUUCGCUCUUUUUUGUUUAUGAGUACUACCUCGAACCGGGACGAGUACUUUCAAGGGUCUUCCCACAACAAACUCCCAUGGUUCCGUUCCCCAUGUUCAAAGUAAAGGAUACAUCGCUUCUAGCUAUUCUUGAGUUCGCUACCGGAGCAGUCGGUAUAUACUUGGCCAUGUUCGCGUGUAAUGUCUGGCCAGCGCAAACCUUCACACCGCUUAGUGCGGGUACAUUAAUCGAAACCGUGGGCGUUGCCCUUAUCACCUGGGCUGUCACCACACGCAAUAUACCUCUGGUCAAUGGAAUGAUGGCUGUUGCCGGUGCCGGGACAGGUCUUCGAUUCAUGCCCUCUUCAUUACACGCAGCUGGGAUCUGGCCAGACAAAAUUGCGCCCGCCAUGUCCAUCAUGAGAUUUUGUCUUCCCUUUGGAGGCACAUUGGCACUCGCUAUCAUGGGUAGUGUUUUCAACAACAAGAUGACUAGCAUUUUCCAUCCAAAUUCGGAGUCUCAAAAUGGUGGUAUUGACAUUCAAUCGAGCCAGAGUUUGGAUGAUAUCAGCAAGCUUCCGCUAGAGGUGCAAGAGCAUAUCCGUACUACAGGAAAAGACGCGGUUAUGUGGGCUUUUAUAUCGAUAAUGCCGAUUAUGGCGAUUAGCUUUGUUACCGGAAUCUUUCUGGGUAAUGUGUGGAUUAAAAAGAAGGGCGAAGGAAGCGAAGACCAGAUCGGGAAAGACGCUUCUACUUCUCCAGCUGACGAUGACGAAGAUAUCGAAAGUAAUGAGGUUGUGUACGUCUCGUACCUUUGGGCACGGGUAACGGGAACCUUAGACGAGAAAAAACGCAUCACCAGACCCCUUACCAAAGCCGAAAAGCAAAGACAGGCUGCAGCCUUGCUCGAAGCAAAAACAGCAGCGGGCAAAGCUCAGAGACGAACCAUCAGACGUUGA